AUGCUUAAUAGACAAGAGGCGAGCUUCAUGUCCUUCACCAAGAUGACCCUGGAAUGUGCAACUACCAGAACUGAUGGAAUCAUGGAAGAGGUUCAGGAGGUCAAAUCUAGCCUUCAAUUCGCUCAAGCCCAAAUCGGGGACUUGAGAGAGAUGGAGAAGACAGUGCAGGUAUGGGACACCGCUGGUCAGGAGCGCUUCCGCAAAUCCAUGGUGGAACACUACUACCGCAACGUCCAUGCUGUGGUUUUUGUUUAUGAUGUCACCAAGAUAUCCUCCUUUCGCAACCUACAAACGUGGAUACAGGAGUGUAAUGGCCAUCGGGUCUCAGCAUUGGUGCCUCGUGUCCUCGUGGGCAACAAGUGUGACCUCGUCGACCAAAUACAGGUCCCUUCGAACAUGGCACUGAAAUUUGCCGAUGCCCACAACAUGCUACUUUUUGAGACAUCGGCCAAGGACCCCAGAGAGAGUCAGAACGUUGACUCCAUCUUCAUGUCCCUCGCCUGCCGUCUCAAGGCUCAGAAGUCCCUGCUCUACAGAGAUGUGGAGAGAGAGGACGGCAGAGUGAGACUCACGCAGGAGGCGGAAACAAAGAGUAAUUGUCCUUGCUGAGUAAACGAGGGCGGGUAGGAGGCU